GCUCUGCGGUCCGUCUGGUUUUACUACAUCGCCUGCACACCGUGUCGAAAGAUCGGACACCGCCGCGAGACGAGGAAGGAGGCCGAGCGGGAACGGACCAUCAAGGCCCGACUCGAGAUGGAACAGCCCGGCCUGUACCGACACCCAAACCCCGAGAACACGAAUCAGUACUGGAUGGAGGACAUCAACAUGGGGCCCAGGCUACCGAAGCGCGGCGCCAGCCAGACCACGAGCCAGAGGAAGCUGAAGAGCUCAGGUACGGAGGCGACAGACAGGACGGCGGGCGCCUCUUCGCCCAGGGACCGCCAGACGAGCAUCGGCAGCAGCACCCAAUUCCACAGCGCCGAGACCGCCAGCAGCCCUACCAUGGUCGCCGAGGACUUUGAGAGACGCACCACCCUGUCCAUGUCCGUCACGGACUCGCAGGACCUGGACUGGAACCGCAAGAGGUACGAGAGGGAGGACGAGGAGCUGUGGGGCCACCAGAUGGCCAAUAAAGCUGGCCAGAGGCUCCGCGAGGUCAUCACGAAAGGGCGAGACACUGCCGGCAGGCUGUUCGAGACAGGCCGCCCGCAGCGUGAGCGGGGGAUCACCGAGGAGGAGCGCACCGGCUUCUACUCCGCGCCGCGAAACCCGCCCGUGAACGACUACCACCCACCUGUGGUCAGCAGCCGGCCCGCCAGCAAGCACGAGUACCGCUGGAUGCUACAGCCCCCGCCACCGGCCAAGGUCAUGGAGGGGAAGGUACCUGUGAGCAGGAGCGGGUCCCUCACCAGCGUUGCCAGCCGUCGGACAGCCGCCGCGUCCCUCGCCAGCAAGGAGGAGCUCGGACUCGGGCGCCUCGUCGGGGAGAAGAUCGUCAAGGAUAAGAUCCGCAAGGGCGAGAUGCCCAACGAGGCCGAGGGAUCCAUCCGCACCGCCCGCCCCAACACGCGGAGGUCGAGAACUGCCUCGACCCUGAGCAGCCUCCCGAGCCAACGAUCUCAGCGCUCUCACAUGUCGCAGCGGUCGGCCAGGAGCCGGAGCAACACCACCGGGUCCGAGUCCUCGGACACAAUCUACGAGCGGAGGAGGAAGAGGAGAAUGGCCAAGCAGAGGGCGGCGGACGCGGCUGCCGGCUCGGAGGCCGAUGACGAGACCGACGACGACGAGCACACCCACUCGCCGGAGCGACACGCCGUACAGAGGCCCAAGCUGCAGACCAUCGCCAGCUCGGACCUCUCGAGCAGAAAGUCGGAGGCCGGCGCGAACCUGCAC